AUGGAAAGCUUAGCAGCUGGGGGUUCAUCAAAAAAGCAUGCUAGAGGAGGAGCACAAAAGAGAACCCGCUUUGUUGACACAGGAAGCAAUGUUGGAUCUGCUGUGUCCGAUCGUACUCCUGAUAAUGCCUCUGACCUUGAGGAAGAUGGUGCGGAACAACAGGAGGUCGGCUCAAUAUCAAGUAGUUUGGAAGCGCCCCAAGAAGACAGAAUGCUUCUACUCGAUGAAGAUGGAGCUUCAACCAUUCCUGACAAUGUAUCCGACGUCGAUGAAACUGGGCUAAGUGGUCGUGGUUCAGCAAGCCUAGAUGGGCGAGAGUCUCCGUUGAGUCAAGCACCUAGCCAAGGACUCCGAGAUGGCCAGGAGAACGAGAUGGCAGAUCUCGGGGCGGUCUCUACAGCUGCAGGUGGCGAAACCGAUGCUGCUCAGCGGGUACUCCCAUCGGGCGUACCAGUUGCCGUUCGUAAACAGAAUGCUGAAGGACUUGAGGAGAAGUUCGGAAAAUUUACUGUGCCGAUGUCGCAGCAAAACAGGCGUGAUGAUCAGAGAUCAUUGUUAUCCGACAGCUGGUCAACAAAUGUGGUGCCGUCAGAUGAUGAAGGUCCAUCUCUGCCUCUUCUACCCCACCUUCCCUCAGUUGAUGCUCCUGACGGUAAUAAUCACCGAGGUCGCGCUGUCAACCGCACUGGAUCGCUUUGCGGAGCAAGUGCCGCUCCGGAAGACAGGAGCGACACGUGGUCCUUAGAUGCAAUAGCAAGCGACUCUGAAGCGGACGGUGGUCGAGAGCGAGGGAAGACAGGUUCGCCGAUUUGUUUUCUUUUGUUCAAAGUAGUUGGGAAUGGUGUUGUUCUUUUCAAGGUGGCCGAUGUUACGUACGAUCUAUCGAGAGCAGAACGCAAUGGUAGCUCUGACGCAGCAACUUCGCAUAUCGCCGUGCCUUGCGUUAGUGUUCAACCGCUUGUUGACGUACCGCAUCAUGGGGAUGGUGGAGCAAGACUUCGUCGACAUAGCAGUGGUAGUUCGUUCUCAUACAGCCGUAGUGAGGCUGAUUCGGAGAUGAGCAACUUUAGAGAAGAUCGAGACCGUGCAGGACCAACCGAUUCACUCACUGCUAUACGUGCGCAGGUACCUUUGAAGUAG